AUGUCCGGCUUUUUGUCCUCCACCGCGACGUUGCUCGGUAGGACAAUCUUGUCCCCGGUCGCUCCGCACUCCUUGUUCGCAGUCAAUGUCGAGUAUUACAAACCAGCCAGCUCUUCCUCUUCCAAAACAUCACCUUCCUCAUCCUCGCCAACGAUAGAAACGCUCCUCGCAGCAACCGAGACCCUCGACACAGCCAAAAAUCCGACUUUCAAGCCCACACCAUGGCUCUCCACCGGUCACUUGCAGACCAUCUACUCGGCAGUUGGAAACUUUAGCCAGAUCGAUGCAGUCGAAUUCAAGCGCAGAGUGUUCCUCACCCCAGACGGCGGUACUGUAGGACUCGACAUAGCACCGCCUGCUUUAGCUCCUUCAGAAGCCGAGCUGAAGUCCAGCUCGCACCCUGCAGCUGAUGGUCUGCCCACAGUCGUCUGCUUACACGGUCUUACGGGCGGCAGUCACGAAAGCUACGUCCGCAACUGCUUUUCCCACCUCACCAAACCCACGUCGCAAGGAGGGCUGGGAUAUCGAGGUAUCGUAGUCAACUUCCGUGGAUGUGCAAACGUGCCCGUCACUUCGCCGCAGCUCUACUCUGCUCUCAAGAUCGCUGACAUCCGCUCCGCACUGCUGUUCAUUACCAAGCUCUAUCCGAGUUCGCCGCUGGUAGGGAUUGGAUUCUCACUCGGAGCAAAUGUGCUGGGACGCUAUUUGGGCGAGGAAGGGGAUAACACACCGCUCUUGGGCGGCGUUAUCGUGGGAACACCAUUCGAUCUGAAAGCUGGUGCGGACGAACUCGAUUACGGUGGCUUCCUCUCGCAAAAGUAUGCCAUGGCGAUGGGUAACAAUCUACAGCGAAUGGCUCGCAAACACAAGGACACGCUUGCCCUCCAUCCACCCUUCCGUGCCCUGCUCGAUGAUCUCUACGAUGCUCCUCCGCAGCCCAAAGCCGAACUCGAAUUGUACAAGCAGCAAGUCAAGAACGGCGGUCCUCGAGACGGUGAGCGAGCCAUCAUCAAGCGAGGGUCGUUGAAAGCAGCAGAUCAAACCAUGACUCGGUUCGUCGGCGGUCUCCCGAAACCGUACGGCGAGUUCCCAUUCGAAUCAGCCGACGACUACUACGACUACGGUGGUUGUGCGAACAACAUCGCCAAUGUGCAGAGACCGAUGCUGUGUCUUUCGGCUGAAGAUGAUCCGAUAGUUCCGAGCAAGAUCUGGGAUAAAAUCCGCGCGGCGAUCGGGAGGAAGCCAGAUGGAACGCCGGUCGAGGACGAUGCGGAGGCAAAGUACAACGAGAAUGUGGUGUUGGCGUGGACAAAGGGGGGCGGGCAUCUGGGAUGGUUCGAAAGCAUUCGACCGAGAAGAUGGCUGUACAGGCCGACAUCAGAGUUCAUCAAGGCGCUGUUUGAUCAUACGUCGGACGAGGAAAAGGCAAGGAUCAGGGCCAAGAGUCGAUGGGCGCAGGAGCAGAUCAAAGCCAAGGAGGUGCAAGUCGAGCUCAUUCCGGUGGAAGCUUUGCCCGCUUACACGCUGCCUGGACAGGACGGACGUUCGAGCCGCUGGACCGACACUGAGAUAUCCUCGUCCAAGACCGAUGCGAAGAGGGCUCUAGCAAGUGGAGCCGACUCGCCCGCUCGUGUAGCUGAUCUGGAACGCAAUCUGGCUUCAGGCGAGGCAGGUGCGGAAGACAGCCUGCUGAAUCCUUCCGACACAGGCUUCGCCGCCAAUGCCCCGCCGACCCCUGCUGGUGGACAAGUCAACGAUGCGGAGCAUUCGACGCUUCGCAUGGCAUGGCUUCUUACGCAUCUGCUAAAAGAAGCACCGCUCGUUCAUCCUCGUCACGCCACCUAUGCACCGUACAAACAACCGAAUGCGUCCGAUGCCGACGAACGACGAAAGCUAGGCUGGGAGACGGUGACCAUGACCAUGUACACCGACAAAAAGCAUCUCGAGGUUGGUUUCGCAGAGUUGGACCCAAACUCGCGCGUCGCGGGUGCGGGCGAGACGUUCAGAGGCGGCAUCGAUACCCCUGGUGGGAGCAUGGAGCCGAAGCGAGGCUCGGUGCAGAAGGGAGGGAAGAAUGUCAUUGCCGGGUUGUAG